UUAAAAUACAGUAACAAUAAAUACAAAGUUUCAGCUUCUGAUUUUAAAACUAGGAAAAAAACACUAAAUUUACUUUCUAUUCCAUUUUAAUUAAAUUUCAGAAGUACUUUGGAAUUCAAGGUAUGCUGAAAGAGGAUAUUAAAAUAAGAAUGUUAGAGAGUGCUUUUAGAAAGGCAGUCUUGGGAAUUUGGAAAAGGAUGUUUAAAACACUUUUCAUCAGCUAGAAUAUUCUCCAGUCUUUCUUUGCAUCCUCCCCCAGAAGACUUAGCCCUGAUUUGUUUUUUGGCGUAAAAGAGAGCUAUGCAAAUCAGGAUCUGGAUGGAAUUUGGCACAAGUGUUUUGUGACAGAGGCUGUCCAGUGAGGAAGUAGAAACAAAUGUAUACACAAAGACCUAAACCAGCUAAGGCUCUUUGUAUUCUCUUUUAAAAAAUAAAUCAAUAACCCUUUCGUGUUCUCCUCUUUCUGCCUCUUUCUUUCCCUUAAAAAAAAAAAAUCCCAAUUUCUUUCUUUUCUUCCUUAUUAAAAAAUAAAAUAAAAGUAACCCAACACUGAUGCCUUCAGGGUCAGCCUUGAAAAAUUAGCAGUACUCCUCAACUCCAUUCCUUCUUGCCGUCAGGCUUGACUCCCUGAAUUAUGGUUUUCUAAGAAAAAAUAAUUUUUAAUAAUCUAGGGUGCGUUUGUUGCAAGUAUUAGUAGCAGCAAAAUAAGGCUGUUUGCCAAAAUGAAUAUUAUUAGCCAGAGUUCUUCAAAAAGAAUGUUUUUGGCACAUAAUUUUAUCAAGAUUUCCUGAGACCUGCUCAUAAAAGUUGCUUUUAGAUAAUAAACAAAUGUAAAUACCAAAAUACUUUCUAAAAAAUGUUAGUCUUUAAUUUUCUUAGUGUCUUGAUGGAACAAAUUGCUACCAACAGAGAAAGAUUUUUUUUUUCCUGCUGUGAUUUAGAUGUCUGACCAGUGUUCUUACUCAUUGUGGAGGCAACCAGAUGUGAAGGCAUAUGGCCACUCAUCUGUCCCUCAGGUGGCAGGACUCUUAGUUGGAAUCCAACUAGGGAUUUGGGUUGGUCUGUCCACUUUAGUGCUCUAAGAAGAAGAGCUGCUCCCAAGGGGGUUGAUCCAUAUCAGCUUUAUCUCGGGUUCUCAGACGUCCCUGAACUUGAGGCAUCCAUGAUAUAAUCCAAGUGCCUUGACCCUGCUGUUUUUCUCUCCAUUCUGAAAAUGGACUGCAUGGAACUGACGUGCUGGGCCGUCGGACUGAGAUGAAAACCUCCUAAUUGCUGCCAUAAUCAGAGCUUUUGAGUCUUCAUUUCAAUAGUGUAUGCUGUAGCACCCAACCUAGCUGUCUAACCACUAGGCUUUACCAAAGUCAUCAAUAAGUAAUGGUGAAGAACGAAACCCCUAAACUCCAACAAGGAUGUAAAAUCUUGCUCAAUACCUUCAAGUACAUCAGGUGAAGAGGAAAUAGGCCUCUGCAAACUCUUCCAGAAACAGCCUGAGUUUAAUAAAAAACAGAGGCAGUUGUGUAAGCAAUUUGGAAAUAAGCGUGUUGGACUUUCUCCCUACUCUGUCAGUUUGGCAAUUCUUGUGGCUGGCUUGAGCAGCCUGCUGACCGGUAAGCACAGUGCAGCGGUGGGAAUAACCACAUCCAGAGAGUGACGUGAAGGAAAAGCAGAAGCAUUUUGGCUUCAUACCCUCUCUGGGCCUGGGUUUCCUGAAGUCAUCACGCCUGCCGCAGAAGGAAAAUGGCUGAGUUGAAGUACAUUUCUGGAUUCGGGAAUGAGUGUGCCUCAGAGGACCCUUGCUGUCCAGGUGCCUUGCCAGAAGGACAGAAUAAUCCUCAAGUCUGCCCCUACAAUCUGUAUGCUGAGCAGCUCUCAGGAUCGGCUUUCACUUGUCCGAGGAGCACCAAUAAGAGAAGCUGGCUGUAUAGGAUUCUACCUUCAGUUUCUCACAAGCCCUUUGAAUCCAUUGACCAAGGCCAUGUCACUCACAACUGGGAUGAAGUUGAUCCUGAUCCCAACCAGCUUAGAUGGAAACCAUUUGAGAUUCCAAAAGCAUGUCAGAAGCAAGUGGACUUCGUGAGUGGCCUACACACCUUGUGUGGAGCUGGAGACAUCAGGUCUAACAAUGGGCUUGCCAUCCACAUUUUCCUCUGCAACACCUCCAUGGCGAACAGAUGUUUUUAUAAUUCAGAUGGGGACUUCUUGAUUGUUCCCCAAAAAGGGAAACUUCUCAUUUACACUGAGUUUGGCAAGAUGCUUGUACAGCCCAACGAGAUCUGCGUCAUUCAGAGAGGAAUGCGGUUCAGCAUAGAUGUCUUCGAGGAGACCAGGGGCUACAUCCUGGAGGUCUAUGGUGUCCACUUUGAGUUGCCUGACCUGGGACCAAUUGGAGCCAAUGGCUUGGCCAAUCCUCGUGAUUUCUUGAUACCUGUUGCCUGGUAUGAAGAUCGCCAAGUGCCAGAUGGCUACACUGUAAUUAAUAAAUACCAGGGCAAGCUAUUUUCUGCUAAACAGGAGUUCUCCCCGUUCAAUGUUGUGGCCUGGCACGGCAACUAUACACCCUACAAGUACAACUUGGAGAACUUCAUGGUCAUCAACUCGGUGGCCUUCGACCAUGCAGACCCAUCCAUUUUCACAGUAUUGACUGCCAAGUCCGUCCGCCCUGGAGUGGCCAUCGCUGAUUUUGUCAUCUUCCCACCUCGAUGGGGGGUUGCUGACAAGACCUUCAGGCCUCCUUAUUACCAUAGGAACUGCAUGAGUGAAUUUAUGGGCCUCAUCAAAGGUCACUAUGAGGCAAAGCAAGGUGGGUUCCUGCCAGGGGGAGGCAGCCUGCACAACUCAAUGACCCCCCACGGGCCUGAUGCCGACUGCUUUGAGAAGGCCAGCAAAGCCAAGCUGGCCCCUGAGAGGAUUGCUGAAGGCACCAUGACAUUUAUGUUUGAGUCAUCUCUAAGUCUGGCUGUCACCAAGUGGGGGCUGAAGACCUCUAAUUGUUUGGAUGAGAACUACUACAAGUGCUGGGAACCUCUCAAGAGCCACUUCACUCCCAAUUCCAGGAACCCAGCAGGACCUCAUUGAGACUGGAGCACUGCUACCAUAAUUGAGGCUGGAUUCGUGCCGUUUCCUUUAGAAUCUUACACGUUCUGGCAGCAUUGGGGGAGGAGGUUGGUUAAAAUGAGAACUUAGUUUUUCACAGUCAAGUAACUCAAACAUUUGUAGAAAUGUAUUUGGAAAGUUCUGUCAGCUUAAUUACUUAAUAAAGACUUGCUGGUGUUC